AUGAGGUCAUUGGCUACAGUAUCAUUCUUUGGUAUGCUGGUGCUUGCUUUGUGUGAAAGCGAACAGACUAAUCUCCAGGGAGCUGGGCCAAUACCACAAGAUUCUUCAGAAAUAAUCCCUCCUGGACUUGAUGACCCAAUCACAGAAUCCGAUAAUGACGAUGAUAAACGAUCAAAGGCCUUGGGGCUUACAGCCAGACGACAAGUCAAAAAUAUCCAAGAUGAACAAAGGUCGGAAGUUGAUGGAUUGGACAACAAAAGAUCCAAUACAGUCAACGAUAAACGAUCUCAAGAUUUGGAGUUAAGAAUCAGAGGACUUGUUAAAAAUAUUCUUGAUCAACAAAGGAGUGAAAAUGAUCUAUCAAAGAGGGAAUAUGAGGAUGAGGAGGAGGAGGAAAAAAUCACACCGGAGAAAAGAGGCAACCGACGUGAGAAACAAAGACGCGAAAAACAGCAACGCAAGAAACAACGGAAACAAGAAGGACCCGCACAAAACUCCCUAGAACACUUCUCAGUAAAGAGUUUGGAAGAAGCCAAGGAUCUGGACAUAAAGGGCGAAGAGAACCCGACACAAGUUACUCAACAGCAGAUCAGAGACACCGUCGAUGUCCACCAGAUGUUCCGGAUGAAGGAGGAAGGGUCAGAUAUCUGGAAAAUAAACUGGGAUGAUUCACUUGCUCGUCUUGCACAGGCCUUGGCGAACAAAUGUGUCUUCAAGCACACCAAUCUAUACUUUGGCAAUGGCACUAGGGUUGGACAGAACCUCGCCAUAGUAAAGGGAAGUAACCAUUCCAUAGAGAAGGUCGUACAGCUGUUCUAUAAUGAAAAGAGUUUAUAUGAUAUAGAUGGACACUCCACAGUAGACUACAGCUUGGUGGGACAUUACUUACAGUUGGUGUACUGGGAUACUGUUAAGGUGGGAUGUGGUGUCACGUUUUGUGACCAGCUUUUCCUGCCUGACACUGGAGACACGUGGUACAACACGUGGUACUGGGCUUGUGAUUACUGGCCGUCUCUUCAUGCCAAUAUCCCCCCGUACCAUGUAGGAAACCCGUGCUCGGAAUGUGUCGUUCCAUCUGGCAAGGGAAUUGGUUGGAUGUGUGUGGAUAACACCUGUGAGGAAUGUAACAUUGGCGAUCCUGGCUGCAACGAACCAGAACCAUGUACCAAAUUUGACCCUGACGUCCAGUCCAAGGCCAUGUGUGACAAGGUGAAAAAACACAAGUUCUGUGAGAAAGGAUCGAGAGGAUACAGGUUUGCCAAGUUAUACUGCAGGACAACGUGUCAGUUUUGUCGAGGUAUCCCUGAAUCGAUGGGAGGCGGAAAUUGA